GAAAGGCCGAGAAACCCCAUUCGGAGGACGGACCCUGUACACCAGCCCAAGACGGAAAUGGCUUCUCCCAGUGCGGUUAUGGAACAGCCUAACAUGGAAAGUGAUUCAGGGGAUACUUCAGUUGCCCAACUUCAAGAAAUUGUCGUCCCUCCUUCGGAAGAUCAGCAUACAGGGGAUGCUUCGGUUGGCCAGCUUCAAGAAAAUGCCGUCCCUCCUUCGGAAGAUUCGCAGACAGGGGAUGCUUCGGUUGGCCAGCUUCAAGAAAUUAUCAUCCCUCCUUCGAAAGAUCCGCAGACAGGGGAUGCUCCGGUUGCCCAGCUUCAAGAAUAUGCUUUCCCCCCUCCGGAAUAUUCGGCAACAGAAGUAACCUGGCCUCCGUUGGAGAGAUUACACGAAGAGGUCCGACUUUAUUUACGUAAAUUGCGGAAUUCAUCAAAUCAAAUUCCUAAAGAGCUAAAUACGUUGAGAAGUGUGUUGGAGGACACGAUACCUGUGGCUGAAGAUGCUGAGCGAUAUCACGACGACAUCAUGGUAAAGAUAUGGAUUGCCGAAAUGAACGAUGUGCUUUAUGAUACUGGGGAUAUAUUUUGGAAGAUGAAGUAUGGCAUGUCACUCGGGCAAAGUGUAGAGGUCCAAUCCAGUGCCAACAAGCCAUGGAAACUCAUCCCUAAUUUGUUUAACAAGAUUUCAAGGUUUAUGCAUUCUUAUCGAGGAAAAGGGAUGGUUUCUUCCAAGGUGAAGGAUAGAACUGUUAGAUUAGAAAAAAUUCUUGGUGAAGGAAAGCAGUUAUUAAAAGGAAUUCCUGAUGAAAGAACGCAGCCUGGCCUCCAAAGCACAUUAACUACGCCUGGUACCAUUCUAUCUCUGUUUGAAUUUGCUAUUUUUCUAGGUUUCUUUCUUUAAGCAUUUACAUCGGGGGAGAGUCAUCAUCCCAUUACCUUUUUUUAUCACUUUUAAUAAAUUUAGUUUAACUUU